AUUUUCUAGCUUUACAAUAUGUUGUGUGUACCCAUGCUUAUGUUGCCUUUCAUCUACUGUAUUUUACUGUUUUCUCCCAUGGAUGACUCAAAUGAGGAGGAUGCAGAAGAUUAUUACAUCUCUUGAACACAUCAUACAUUUGAUUAAGUGCUACUGGGAUCUCUGACUGAAGUGGUUUCUUAGUUCAGUCCAUUUACUUAUAAAUUUGCUUUAGGCCACAGCACAAAAUGUUCAAUUUCUUGUACGUGUUCCUGAUGUUGACAGAUACUUUCAGAUUUUGGACUGUUAGUUUCCUCUACCAUUGCUCUAUCAGGGAAUGCAAACCACAGUUUGACAUGGUUUUAGGUAUGCAUUACCCUGACUGAAGAGAUCUGCACAUAUGAAUAUUGCAUGACCAUGCAUCAUCAAAUGAAAGCCUUCUAGCUUCUCUCUUGCAUAGGACUUGUGGAGAGGAUGAAAGGUUAUCUCGGGAUAGACUUUUAGAAAACAAGAAGCAUUCACACAGCAACUGUUAUUGUUUUGACAGAAUGCUUCAAAUUGACACACCAGACCAGAUGUUACUGCACAAAAAGAGGGCUGGUUGCAUGUUCAAUUUAGCUGCGCAGUGUUGAUCAGAUGUGGGCCAUAAAUGAUUGCUAUAGACUCUAACUGGCUGAUGGCCAAAGCGAAAAGACUGUAGAGUGAAAUUAAUGUACCAUUCCCUCCUUGCUGUGGCUGUCAAAUGGCCGGAAGGGGCUAAGGUUAAAGCAUUCACUGUGCAGUUUGGCAUGGUUAUUGCAAUAGCUUUUCUAGGGGGACCGACACCGACUGCAUUCACCACCAGCACACACCCCUCAGCACCGGUGAUGCAUCCCCGCGGCAAGGGCACGGACAACUCGUCGUUAGAGUCGUCUCGACUUUAGAAUGGUGAAGAAAUCUCUCAACGGCGGGGUUUAUCCAACUCAAGCCGGAGAGAAGAAGCACAAAGUCGGGUUUGUCGGGUUGGAACCCGGGGCUCCUGAAUCCAGCAGGGAUGGGGCGCUGCUCAUUGCGGGUUCGGAAAGCACCAAGCGGAGCAGCAUCCUCUGCAGACCAAGGUCCAGCAUCUCCGCCGGGAGACCCAGACCGUCGAAGAAAAAUGCCAGCUAUCGGAAACUACAGAAUUUCCUAUAUAAUGCGCUGGAGAGACCUCGGGGAUGGGCAUUUAUCUACCACGCUUAUGUCUUCCUCUUGGUCUUCUCCUGUCUCAUACUUUCAGUCUUUGCCACCAUCAAAGAGUUCAAAAAUAGCUCAGAGAGUGCCUUGUACAUCCUGGAAAUUGUGACCAUCGUGGUGUUUGGAGUGGAGUACAUUGUAAGGAUAUGGGCUGCUGGCUGCUGCUGUCGAUACAGAGGAUGGAGAGGGAGGCUAAAAUUUGCCAGAAAGCCUUUCUGUGUCAUAGACAUGAUGGUGCUGAUUGCCUCAGUAUCUGUACUGGCAGCUGGAUCUCAGGGCAAUGUUUUUGCCACUUCGGCCAUCAGGAGUCUGAGAUUCUUACAGAUCCUGCGCAUGCUGCGAAUGGACCGCCGUGGAGGCACCUGGAAGUUGCUUGGAUCUGUAGUUUAUGCCCACAGCAAGGAGCUCAUCACAGCUUGGUACAUAGGCUUUCUGUGUCUCAUCCUGGCUUCAUUCCUGGUCUACUCAGUGGAAAAGGAGUCAAAUGAUGAGUUUGAGACCUAUGCUGAUGCUCUUUGGUGGGGACUGAUCACCCUCACCACCAUUGGUUAUGGUGAUAAGGUUCCCAAGACCUGGAACGGACGCUUGCUGGCAGCCACCUUCAGCAUGAUAGGGGUGGCCUUCUUUGCACUUCCUGCUGGGAUUCUGGGUUCUGGCUUUGCCCUCAAAGUACAAGAGCAACACAGACAGAAACAUUUUGAGAAGAGACGUAACCCUGCAGCAGGCCUCAUCCAGGCUGCUUGGAGGUUUUAUGCCACCAACCUUUCCCGUACAGAUCUGCUGUGCACUUGGGAUUUUUACGAGCAAACUGUAGCCAUUCCUAUGUACAGACUUAUUCCACCUCUGAACCAGUUGGACCUGCUGAGGAAUCUGAAGGGCAAGUCAUUCAGGAAGGAAUCUCAAACAGAAACUUCUCCCAGUAAUGAAAAUGCACACAAAGACAGACUUUGUGGCUGCUGUCCGAGAACUAUUAGUCGAAAGGCAAGCCUGAAGGACAAAGUGUUUCCCAGUCCUUCCAAAGCUCCCGUGGCCAAGGGGAAGGCCCAGUCUCCAGGGGCAGAGGACGGGGCUGAGGCGAGUCCCAGCAAGGUCGCCAAGAGCUGGAACUACACUGAGAAGAACCGUGGGCCAAAGCACGCCUUCAGAGUCCGAGGCAGCAGCUCACGCCAAAACUCAGAGGAGGCGAGCCUCCCAGGAGAGGAAAUUGGUGAUGAUAAGAGCUGCCAUUGUGAGUUUCUCACUCAAGAAUUACCACCAGGCUUGAGGGUUACAAUUAGAGCAAUCUGCAUCAUGAAGUUUCUGGUGUCAAAGAGGCGGUUCAAAGAGAGCUUGCGGCCUUAUGAUGUGAUGGAUGUGAUCGAGCAGUACUCUGCAGGUCACUUGGACAUGCUGUCUCGCAUUAAGAACCUGCAGUCCAGGAUAGAUAUGAUUGUGGGGCCCCCUCCCCCAUCAACACCUCGACAUAAGAAGUCCACUGAAGGUCCUAGAGUUGACCAGAUAGUUGGUAAAGGUCCUAAAGCGGAAGGAGAGGCUGCAGAGGAUCAGAGCAUGAUGGGACGUCUGGUCAAAGUGGAAAAGCAGGUGGUCUGUAUGGACAGGAAACUUGAUUUCCUGGUCAAUGUGUAUGUGCAGCGUAUGGGCAUUCCUCGUUCGGAAACAGAGGCCUUUUUCAACUCCAAAGAGCCGUAUCCAGCCCCGCCUUACCACAGCCCGGAGGAAAGCAAGGAGGAGAAGGAGGAUAAAGAGGAGGUGAAGGUGGAAAAGGAGGUGAAGACAUGCUCAGCUGCAGAUGUCGCGUGCUCUGAUGGGUCUUUAGAAAAGAAAGAUCCUUUACUGGGUUGGUCUGUGGCGAGAUCGGUGGGUACUCCCUCUGGCAGCCACAGCCGCCCCUCUACAUCAUGGCAGCACCAGCUGCAGCACCCUCUCCGCCAGCCUGCAUGGAAUAGCAGUGUGGCCAACACCCCUUCACCAGUCGGUGGCAGCGGUGAUCAUUCGCCCACCCUGUUCCGCCUUCCGCCUCCACCUGCUCCAGUUCACGACCGAUCCUCUUCUGGUCUGGGUGGCAGCAGCAGAGAGAGUGGCUCCCAGAGCAGGAGGCGCCACAGGAGGCAGAGGUGUCAGCAAGAUGCCACCGCCGUGGACAGCGACACAUCUCUAUCCAUCCCGUCUGUUGAUCACGAGGAGUUGGAGCGCUCUUUCAGUGGCUUCAGCAUCUCCCAGGCAAAGGAGGACUUCUUUGGGCCUUCUUUCUUUACAGGCUCAGGAGGGGGAGCUGGAGCAGGGACUGAUGCCGCAGCUGGACCUUCACUCUGUGCCAGGGUCAUACCCUUCAUAGCAGAGGGAGAAUCAGACACAGACUCUGACCUCUAUGCUCCCUCACCUCUGUCCUUCACCGGAGAAGUCUCAUGUGGAGAAAGGGCAUGGUCAGGGCUUAAGUAGGUCACAAAGGACUGCUCUUCCUGGCACACUGGUACAAGAGAUUGGUGCUUCAAUUGCCAACAGGAGACCUAUUAUGAGACCUUGUAGCCAACUGACUGUUGUUGCUGACGAUGCUAUUACAGACUAUUUUAGGUUAAGUGAAUGGUUACUAUUAGCUGCUUAUUAGUGAAGAUGGUAAAAAUAUGUCCAUAUAAAAAUUUAUCACCAUUUUUCUUUGUGAUGUAACACCCGCUGCGUUGUAUCCAUCAAAUAGUUGUUUAGGGACAUUUCUUUAACUUACUUGGGAAGAUUUUGUUGUAUUUAUUAGUGAUGAAAGGUACAUGAGAUUAUAGAUGUGUGAGAGUAUGAUUUAUGACACUUAAUUUUGCACCAUUUUUAAUCUGACCUUAAAAUUGACCUUGAUUUGUAUGAAACAUGUAAAAGAAAAUCACCUUGAUUUCUUUUAUGAACAGUGAGUGCAUUUCAGCUCUUUUCUGUUACACUGACCACUUUAACUUUGAAAUCAUAGCGGUUAGUUAGUAAUGCAAGAUUGUUAAAGUCUUAUCACAUGGUUAGCAUAGUGUCUUGAUAACUUCUAUACCUUUGAAUGACUUGAGGUGUUAUGAUGCCAAAACCUUCGCUAUGAUAAUCAAUUAGAUUCUUGCAGAGUAAAACUUGUGCUUGCUUUUCAGCAUCAUACAGAAUAACUUCCCUCAAAAUAGUGCAGAUAAUUCCCCAUUAUUAAACCAGUGAAUUUGCUGCAUGGCAUGGUAAAUGGUUGAUUUAAGGACUGUGAUAAACAGGCUUCAACAGCAGUCAACAGGGGCAAAAAAUGCCAUGAAUGUUUUUCUUCUAUACAGACAAACAGAGCGGUGAAUAAAACAUGAAAAUGUUUGCAUGGAUGGUUUCAAGCUACUAUGUCUAUUUUUUUAUGGGACUGCUUGAAUUCCAAUCAUGUAAAUGCAGCACAAACUUUCAAUGGAUCUUCUUUUCUGGGCAAAUAUGUUCAUAAAUUAUGUACAAACUCUUUAAAUACAGAGGCAGAGGUUUAAUGCCACAUAUGUAAACAAUAUGGGCUCAAAUGGACAUUAGCUCAUACAUUUUGUAUUGUUAUCACACAACAUGCAGUGUUGAAGUAAAUCAUAUGGGACACUUAGACAUGGCGGUAUUCAGCCUGCAAUACAUAGGUCUGUCAUUUAGAUUCUCUACUGCUGUUCAGUUGUGUACUGAAUGAGGAAAUGCAAUAAAAAGCAAACAGGGCAAUCAAGAACCAUCCUUUACCAACAUUAACAUGGCCUUAUUUUUCACACCAAAAUCCAUUGUUUUGUAAGUAAACAAAUUAACAAUUUAAUUCUAAACAUUUCAUAAAAGUAGUGUAAGUACACUUUCAAGAGUUAAAUAGAAGGUUCAAUAGAACAUUUGUCCUGGGUUACAAAUUCUGCCAUUGAAAAUGCUAAUAGCAUGGCAUUUAUACGGGCGUCUGAAGCAUGAACACUUGUUGUUAUAACUAACCCAAGUCAUAGCAAAUAAAAGAUUUUAACAUUGACACUGAAACGUGGACAUGAUGACAGAGGAAAUAUAAUCAGCAAAGACUGUUCUCACAAGAUACAAGACACAAUCCAUAUAUUUCAGAAAAGAAGAAACAAAACUGCUGGCAUGUUUUAUACCAGUUGUUCUCAACCUGGAGGUCGUGAUCCCCAAGGGGAAUAAUUUCUGGGUGUCACCAGAUGGUUGUGGAGAAAGAAAUCAAUUAACACAUUUUAAAUAAAAUAACAUAUUUGAGACUCUGGGAUGGUUUUUACCAUUAAGUUACCUGUACCAGUGAUAUAAUUUGCCUUAGAAUAGACUUUAUUGUGUGUGUUUGAGAGAGUCAAAAUAUUUCUGACUGGACAGUCUGAUUGGAUCACAAUCACCAACCUAACUAUUCUUUUUUGUGACUCCAAAAGGUUGAGAACCACUGUUUUAUACAACCCAAAGAAAGGACCUGUAGGGUUUUACAUGAUACAGUAGCUCUUAGUUCAACUCUUAGUUCAUCAUGUAACUGCACCUUCUCCUUCUUCAAUAAUAAAACUUUGUACAUCACUGAAAAUCAUCUCCUGUUUUUAAAGCAAUACUUUGAUGUGUUCAGUGUUGAAGUGUAUCAGCCAUAUGGUGUAAUAGUGGCCAUGUAACACCAGAUGGCAGUCAAGAGCUUUAGUUGAGUGGGUCCUUGUUAGAUAGAUAGAUAGA